AUGAAAAUUGUGUAAUUGAUGAUAUAACAGAAUACAAAUAUACAGAUUUUUCAAUAGUUGGAAUAAGUAAUGCAACUUAUGAAAGGUGUUUAUUGGACCUUAUGGAUUUUCAACAUCAAUAACCAAAACGUUUACAAAUAUUCCCCCAAAAUAAUAAUUGGAAUUCUCAGUUAGUAUUUGGAAAUUAGACAAUUGAGUUUUAGAUGGAUUUGAAAUAUAUGAAAAUAAAGAAUUAAGAGAAAAUUUAUUAUUGGAUUACUUGGAAGGUACUAUGAUAUGUAGAAACGACAUUUUGUUUAAUCUAUAUAGGCCUUUUUCAUUAAAAUUGAAGAUAACAAGAAUUGAUUUAACUAUAAAAUUAAGAGAUUAUUUAAAUUCUAAAAAAAUAAGGACUUUGGGAUUGUAUAAAUUAAAUGACUUUUAGAAUCAUGGGGAUUUAGAGACUAUAUUUUAAGACUUUUCAUACCUUGUGUUAAUUUUUAUAGUGAAUAUAAUUAUAUUGGAACAUUAUUUUAAAUUUGCUAAGGAGAGUAAUCAAAAUUGCAAAAAGAAAUUCCUUUUGAAAUCAAAUCAAUCCUUAUGGGUCCUAAUAUCAUUGUUUAAUUAAAAGGCUUAAAUUACUAUGCAGGAGUUCAGUUUCUUAUAGAGUUGUUUGAAUAGUUUUUAAGUAUUGAUCUAGUAAUGAUUUUUAGUUUCAAAAAGUAGUCUAUUAGGAAUGA